AUUCCAUUCCAAGAGUGAGUUGUUGGUGAUGGCGGUGUAUCCUUUGGUUGGCGGGGUAUCGGGAAACGAGAAAUUAAACUGACUUCCUUAUAUUAGUCAGUCUAAUUUAUCGUUCAAAGGGUUAGGAAUUUAGCAUAUUAUAUAUAUGCUUCAGUUAGGGUUGAGGUUGGGGUCAGAGUAGAGGCGGUUAAAGUUUUGAUUAGUCACUCAUGGCCAUCAAAGAACGUGUUUAAGUGAGGCACGUGAUAGUCGAGUGUAGAGUAGCUUCAGUUUUCUGAAUUCCUCUAGUGAGCAGUAAAGAGAUCAGUCCCCUGACUAUCGUUAUAAACAGUUUAAAUAAUACACUUUUUUUUGUCGAACAGCAGUUCAUUUCAUAAUGAAUGAUAAAGGCAUUUGCAAGAAAAGACUUAUAUUUUAGAAACAAAUGACAGAUUAUAUACGCAUCGCCAUCAGCUCAUUUUAGAUUUUUUUUCUCAUCACAGCAUUUUGAUUUGACGACAUUCCAUUUUCCAGGAUGAGAACCCUCUUCUGCUUACUAUCAGUGCUCUCACUGACCUUGAACAUCGUUCAUGGCGCCCGUCAGAAAAAAGACAAAAGGUGCAAGAAAAAAUUAUACAAUACACUGGAAACGUGUCAGAAGAAGCAGGGUGAAUAUAAGUUAUCAUAGAUUCCUUUUAGACUAGCUCCAGUAAGAAUCUCUCAAUAAUGCCAUGUGUAAUGCAUAUGCAGUUUAAUCUAGUUCUACAGUUAAAUUCGUUACAAUGACAAUAAUUUCUAAAGGUUGGUCCUCUUCUGAUGAAAAGUUUAGCUGCAACAACCCGAAGGUAGGGGACAAAAAGGAGCUGAGUAAAAAGAAAAAGAAAAAAUGCCUGAAUGCACUCAAGAAGCUACUAAAAGCUUCUUGUACCGCCAAGUGUAAAUUUGGUAUGUUGAUAAAGAGCAUAUUUGUUUAUUAAACGCAUAUUAUCCAUAAUAUUAAUAAGUACCUUUAUCUCUUCAUUAUAACUUCUGAUAGAAAAACCAAAAUUAUAAACCAAUGCACUUCUGAAAAUACUUAAAGUUACCGACAAGCAAUUUACUUAUUCUUCUCUCAGUCUCAGUUGAUGGCGGUUGGAACGACUAUGAGGACUGGUCUGCGUGUUCUGUAGAAUGUAACGAAGGAAGUCGAACUAGGAGCAGAUCCUGUACCAACCCUGCCCCAUCAUAUGGUGGUGCUGACUGCAAGGGAGAUUCUGAAGAAAAAGAAACUUGUAACACUGAUCUUUGUCCAGGUAUCAGGUUAUUUUUCUUUCUUUCGAAAUCAGUGCUUGGUCUGAGGUCAUCAACCUACAAGCCCUAAAUUUGCAACAAGGCCAUAGUCUCCAAGGGAGUCUAAACUCAGAUCUAGUUCGGAAAGUACCUGUUAUUAAACUAAGCAAACAACUGAGAUAUCUCUCAAAACAUAGACAAGAUUUAGUUAACCAUUGAUGCCGUUAGAGUUGAAAAGAAAAUUACGACCCUCUUAUGGUAUAAAAGUAUUAAGUAACGUUGUGUUGCAGAUAUUGAAUGUUGGAACAAAGAUAAUCCGCUCACGAUGGGAUCUGGGUAUAGAGGAACUCUUUCCGUGACUAUGGGUGGUCACACCUGUCAGAAAUGGACUGAACAAUCACCUUAUGAGCAUGUUUACACUGUGGAUAAAUUUAAUGACAAAGGAAUAGGUGACCACAACUACUGUAGGAACCCAGAUGGAGAAGAUGACAAUUACACCGAACUUGAAGCAUGGUGUUACACAACCUCACUUACCAAACGUUGGGACUGGUGCGAAAUCCCUACAUGCCAUACAGCAGGUUAAGAUUUUGAGUUCAGCAGUACUUUAGCACAAAAUUUCUUAUUGUGACCUGAGAUUAAAUUGACCUCACUUUUUCGGCUUAAAGGACGUCUUUUAAAAUCCUAAUCGUGGACAAGAAAGGUCAAGUAUCCCAAAAAAGAGCCGUCUAAAAAAGGGCCAAUAAGCUACAGUUUGAUUAGAAAAACUCCUUCGUUCACUAAGACAAUGCAAUUCUAAAAAAUCAUAAGGUUACCGACAAGCGAUUUACUUUUGAAGGGCUCCUAUUCUUAUCUCUCAGCUGAUGGCGGUUUUACUUAUUCUUCUUUCAGUCUCAGUUGAUGGCGGUUGGACCGACUAUGAGAACUGGUCUGCAUGUUCUGUAAAAUGUAAUGGAAAAAGUCGAACUAGGAGCAGAUCCUGUACCAACCCUGCCCCAUCAUAUGGUGGUGCUGACUGCGAGGGAGAUUCUGAAGAAAAAGAAACUUGUAACACUGAUCUUUGUCCAGGUAUCAGUUUAUUUUUCUUUCUUUCGAAAUCAGUGCUUGGUCUGAGGUCAUCAACCUACAAGCCCUGCAUUUGCAACAAGGCCAUAGUCUCCAAGGGAGUCUAAACUCAGAUCUAGUUCAGAAAGUACCUGUUAUUAAACCAAGCAAACAACUGAGAUAUCUCUCAAAACAUAGACAAGAUUUAGUUAACCAUUGAUGCCGUUAGAGUUGAAAAGAAAAUUACGACCCUCUUAUGGUAUAAAAGUAUUAAGUAACGUUGUGUUGCAGAUAUUGAAUGUUGGAACAAAGAUAAUCCGCUCACGAUGGGAUCUGGGUAUAGAGGAACUCUGUCCGUGACUAUGGGUGGUCACACCUGUCAGAAAUGGACUGAACAAUCACCUUAUGAGCAUGUUUACACUGUGGAUAAAUUUAAUGACAAAGGAAUAGGUGACCACAACUACUGUAGGAACCCAGAUGGAGAAGAUGACAAUUACACUGAACUUGAAGCAUGGUGUUACACAACCUCACUUACCAAACGUUGGGACUGGUGCGAAAUCCCUACAUGCCAUACAGCAGAUAUUGAAUGUUGGAACAAAGAUAAUCCGCUUACGAUGGGAUCUGGGUAUAGAGGAACUCUGUCCGUGACUAUGGGUGGUCACACCUGUCAGAAAUGGACUGAACAAUCACCUUAUGAGCAUGUUUACACUGUGGAUAAAUUUAAUGACAAAGGAAUAGGUGACCACAACUACUGUAGGAACCCAGAUGGAGAAGAUGACAAUUACACCGAACUUGAAGCAUGGUGUUACACAACCUCACUUACCAAACGUUGGGACUGGUGCGAAAUCCCUACAUGCCAUACAGCAGGUUAA